GUUAAAGCUGGGCAAGUUUAUAAUGAUUAUAUAGGGAAAGAUGAAAUUUUACUACCAAAUGCUAUACAGUUAGAUCCGCCCAUGUUAGAUUUUCAAGAACAGCCGGUGGGAAUGCCGAGAAUGGAACAUGUUACAGUUCAUAAUUCAGAUAGCAAGAAUAAUUUACAUUUACUCUCUAUAUCAGGGAGUACAGCACAUUUUCAUUGCUCCUUUUUCCAAGAUAAAAUAGUCCCUCCAGGUGGGAAUACAACAUUUGAUGUUGUUUUUCUUGCACGACAAGAAGGCAAUGUGGAAAAUACUUUAUAUAUCCAUACAUCUUUGGGAUCAUUUAAAUAUCAAGUAUUUGGAGUAGGGACGGCAAAUCCAUACAGAUUGCGACCAUAUUUGGGUGCAAGAGUUCCAGUCAAUAGCAGUUUUUCACCUUUAAUAAAUAUGCAUAACCCACAUAGUACACCCUUACAGGUACUAGAAAUGUUUGCUAGUGAAGGUGAUUUACAUUUAGAAUUACCAACUGGGGAAAAAGAAGCUCCAAGAUCUUUAUGGGAGAUUCCUCCCUAUGAAACAAAAACAAUAAUGAAGGCAAAUUUCGUAGGGAGGACAGAAAAUAAUCAUACUGCCUUUAUACGAAUAAAAACAGAUAAACAUGAUCUACAACAUACUGUAGUCUUACCUAUGGAAGUUGAAGUUACAUCAUCUCCUGGUGUAUACGUGGCAACAGAAUUGAUCGAUUUUGGUAUAGUUCGGACAUUUGAUGAACCCAAAACUGUUCCAAUUAAUUUAAUCAAUACUGGAGAUACACCAGUUCAAAUUUCUAGUGUAACAUUAUCCCCUCCCAAUGAAGCUGUCAGUGUGGAUUUUCGACCGAUAAAACUGCAGCCGGAACUCUUAAGACAAACUACAGUUGCUCACGUCACAUUUAGAGCAUCAAAAGCAAUACAUCCAAAAUUAUGGUCAGGAAAAAUUAUAGUGAGAUCUAAAAAUAACGUGCACAAAAUUUCCAUUCCAUAUGAAGCUAAAGUAUUACAUGGGUAAGCAUAUUGCUUUGUUGCCUG